GUGCAGUGCCAGGGUGCGGGAGGGUGCCGGUCGGCUGCUGGUUGGGCGGCUGAGCGCGGUGCCAGGCGGGGCAGCUCUGGGGCUCUCGCGCUCGGUCGGAGGGAGACGCAGAAGAAGGAAAACUGGUGGUGUCUUCGUAAGUAUGCCGCGAUUAAGGCAGGAAAACGCUUUCCGAACGUGUUGCGGCGCUGAAGUGGGCUAUUAGUUUGGACGUGUCCUGGAAUAACAUGCUUGGAAUUACUUGCUAGUGUUGGUUACCUGCACCCUAGCACAAGAGCUCCAGCUUGAUUCUUUUCAGUGCUUCUGUCAGAACAUGGGGGAAAACGAUGAUGAAAAAUACAAUCAAGCUGGCCAGAUAUUUGAAAACUUUGUCCAAGCAACAACAUGCAAAGGUACCAUUCAGGCCUUUAAUAUUCUCACACGCCAACUUGAAUUAGAUCCUUUGGACUGUAAGAACUUUUACAGCAAACUGAAGUCCAGAGUAACCACGUGGAAGGCCAAAGCUUUGUGGAACAAGCUUGAUAAAAGAGCAAGUCACAAAGAGUACAAACGUGGAAAAUCUUGUAUGAACACUAAGUGUUUAAUUAUUGGAGGUGGCCCAUGUGGCUUGCGGACUGCCAUAGAACUUGCCUUCCUGGGAGCCAAAGUUGUCGUCGUGGAGAAGCGGGACACUUUUUCAAGAAACAAUGUGUUGCAUCUCUGGCCGUUUACAAUCCAUGACCUCCGGGGACUAGGAGCAAAGAAAUUUUAUGGGAAAUUCUGUGCAGGAUCCAUUGAUCACAUCAGUAUUCGACAACUUCAACUUAUCCUCUUCAAAGUUGCACUUAUGCUAGGAGUUGAAAUCCACGUGAAUCUAGAAUUUGUGAAAGUCCUGGAACCCCCUGAAGAUCAGGAAAAUCGAAAGAUAGGUUGGAGGGCUGAGUUUCUCCCGGUGGAUCACCCUUUGUCAGAGUAUGAAUUUGAUGUUAUUGUUGGUGCAGAUGGCCGCAGAAACACAUUAGAAGGUUUUAGGAGAAAGGAGUUCCGUGGAAAGCUAGCUAUAGCUAUCACUGCCAAUUUUAUAAACAGAAAUACUACUGCAGAAGCCAAAGUAGAAGAAAUUAGUGGUGUUGCUUUCAUCUUCAAUCAGAAGUUCUUCCAAGACCUUAAAGAGGAAACAGGAAUUGACCUGGAGAAUAUUGUUUACUACAAAGAUAGCACACAUUAUUUUGUGAUGACGGCAAAAAAACAGAGUCUUCUGGACAAAGGAGUGAUUAUAAAUGACUACAUUGAUACUGAGUCACUCCUCUGUGGCGAGAAUGUGAACCAGAGCAAUUUGCUGUCCUACGCUCGAGAAGCUGCUGACUUUGCAACCAACUAUCAGCUGCCUUCCUUGGAUUUUGCAAUUAAUCACUAUGGGCAACCAGAUGUGGCAAUGUUUGAUUUUACAUCUAUGUAUGCAUCUGAGAAUGCUGCACUGGUGAGAGAAAGGCACAGGCAUCAGCUCCUGGUUGCACUUGUUGGAGACAGUUUACUUGAGCCUUUCUGGCCAAUGGGUACUGGCUGUGCAAGAGGCUUCUUAGCUGCUUUUGAUACCGCUUGGAUGGUGCGGAGCUGGGCUCAAGGAAAACCCCCACUAGAAAUCCUUGCUGAACGGGAGAGUAUUUAUCGACUCUUGCCACAGACUACCCCUGAAAAUAUUAACAAGAACUUUGACCAGUAUACCAUUGAUCCAGGAACGAGGUACCCAAACUUGAACUCAAGCUGUGUUCGACCUCACCAGGUGAAACAAUUAUACGUUACCAAUGAGUUACAGCAAUGUUCUCUUGAAAGAGCAAGCUCCAUUAGAAGAUCAGUGAAUCUCUCAAGACAUGAGUCGGACAUUCGACCUAACAAACUCUUGACCUGGUGUCAGAAACAGACAGAAGGGUACCGUAAUGUUAACAUCACAGACCUGACUACCUCUUGGAAAAGUGGCCUUGCAUUGUGUGCAAUUAUCCAUCGCUUCAGGCCUGACCUCAUAGACUUUGAUGCACUGAACGAAGAGGACAUUGUCAAAAACAACCAACUGGCAUUUGAUGUCGCUGAGCGGGAAUUUGGAAUCCCCCCUUUGACCACAGGGAAGGAGGUGGGGUCAGCUGAGGAGCCUGACAAGCUCAGCAUGGUCAUGUACCUCUCCAAAUUUUAUGAGCUGUUCAGGGGCACACCUCUGAGGACAGUAGAUGCUGGGGAUAAGCAAAAUGGAGAAAGUAAUGAACUUUGCUCAGCAAAAUCAUCAAACUUCAUCUUUAAUAAUUACAUCAACUUAACUUUACCAAGGAAGCGAGUGCCAAAGGUUGAAGGGAAAACAGAAGAAAACGAGACCAACAAAAGACGUCGCAAAGGUCUUUUUGGUGUCUUUGAUGAGGCCUCAGGAUUUUCAAGCCAGGAGACAAGUGUUGGGAAAGAACAGAAUGAUGGCAGAGAAGGAAUAAAUCAGAAUAAAGUUAAAUCAAUGGCAACUCAACUGUUGGCAAAGUUUGAAGAGAAUGCUCCAAAUACAAUUUUUCGGAGGCAGGAGCAAAUAGAUAGACCAGCACAGCUCUCUUCUGACUCUCCUGUUAAUCCUCGCUUUGCUCAACCUAAAGAUACAAGUCUUCUGUCUCAACCAAAAAGGCAGUUUCAGGUGGUAGCUAGACCUGAACAUGAGGUGAGGGAAACCAAACAGUCUUUAAAUGGUUCUGAUCAUAUGGCCAGGAGACCAAAGGCUCUAGAAAAAACAGAUAUCCAGCGCAGUCUGUCAGAAACAUCUGAAAAUCUUGCAUCUGCUUGUUCUGCUGCAUUUGUACUUUCUGGAGUGCUUGAACGUCUUCAGCACCUGGAUGAAAAAAUGAAACAGAAAAGAGCUCAGACCAUAGCAAAUAGAGAAUUCCAUAAAAAGAACAUUAAAGAGAAAGCAGCACAUCUUGCCUCACUGUUUGGAUACAUGGAUUUUCCAAAGAAUAAGCUGCCUACUAAAGGCUUAUCCCAUUCUCAGCCCCCAACUCCCUCUUGCCCUCCACCUCAUGAUUCAGCUGCUGCCUCUUCUCCAUCAUCUGUAGGUUCAGCUUCCCCUGUUCUUCCUUCUAGACAGAUGACUGUAGGAAAGGUCUCACGUGCAAUUGGAGCUAUGGCUGAAGUUCUUGUCAAUCUGUAUGUGAAUGAUCACAGACCCAAGUCGCAAAUUCCCCCCCUUGAGCUGAACCAGUCUUUGGACAGAACUACAGGUUCUUUCCCCACUCCCUGUUCUACACAUCCUGUCUCCAGUGCUCAGAGAUGUCAGGGAUCUCUGCGAAAAGAGUUUCCUCAGUCUAUUGGGGGGAGUGACAUUUGUUAUUUCUGCAAAAAACGGGUAUAUGUUAUGGAGCGGCUGAGUGCAGAAGGCCACUUUUUUCACAGGGAGUGCUUCAAGUGUGAAAUAUGUUCUACAACUCUCCGAUUAGGAAUUUAUGCCUUUGAUGUUGAAGAAGGUAAAUUUUACUGUAAACCUCAUUUUAGACACUGCAAAAUCAGUAAUAAACACCGAAAGAGAAGAGCAACAUUACAGGUCCAGUGCAAGGAGGCAACAGAAGCCUGGAAGAAAGAAGAACUCAGAGCUACAGAGAGCACCACAGACAGCACUUUAACAACUGCUAGCAGUCCAGAGGACAGGUCCCCAGGCUUCUGCCAGCCCACGGCUGUUGAGCCUACCUCCCCAAAGAAGGCAAAGAGCAUCCUGGAGCACCUCAAUGUGGAAAGCUGGUUCUCAUCCACUGACCCUGAGUGGGCCACUGUAAGGGUCAUCCCUGAGGAGGAAAUGACGGAGCACAACCUCCUUGCUGUUCGAGUCAUGGUCACCAGUGAUGCAAGCAGCUCUGAGGGGGAAUCUGAUUUUAAUGGCAACUCCUCCAGCUCUGAGGUGAGUGAAGGACAGACCUCGUUGCUGGAGCCCCCUGCCUGCCCAAGCCCCCCGCGCCGCUGGACAUUGCUUGCCAGGAGCCCCAUGGCACCAGAGGAAAGCCACAGGGCAUCCAAAGUCAUUGAUGUGCUACAGAGAGCCAACAGCUUCCACUCCACUGCCUUAAAUAAGUAUCAGAGUUGGAGGAGAAAAAUCCAAACGAAUUUCCCUCUACUGUCUAACAAGAAGCCUGGGCUACGCUGGAAGGACAGCUCAGCCAGCUGUCAAAGCAGUCUUGGAGAGGAUCACCCCCAAGCACAGUUGGCUUCUUACAAGAAACCACCAGAAGUUACGAGGGGACAUGUCAAACCCUACAGCCCUGAAUUUCAAAGAAAAGCCAGAGAGAGGCCUCAAGAUGUCCAUCCCCACGUGCCUCGUUGUCCAUUUCAGAGCAAGGUCAAAGGUUCUCCACAGAUCUCUCCUGGGAAUGGGGCACGGGCUGCUGGUUUUUCUGAGUGUGAAGAUACAGAUGGUGACACUGGGACAUAUACAGGCCAGGGCCGGAAUGAAGUAAAAAAGAGUUAUACCUCUGAAUCAGAAGAUUUUAAUGGGAAUAUGAAAGUGAUGUCAUCUCUGCAUCUGAAAGAAAAAGAUGAGACAAGGCACCUAGAAGAAAAGCUUGAGCAAGAGCAAAAGGAAGCAAAAAAAAGGCUGGUUCUUUGCACAGAACAACAAGCUAUGUAUGAUUCAAAUGGGGUGUACUUAGGUGGAACCACACUGCAGUGUCAAAGCAAAAAAAUGUUGGGGAUUUCAAAGGAGAAGAAUACUGAAUGGAGAAGAGGUGUUUUCAAGCCAUCUAGUUGUCCUGUGCCUCUCUUAUUUGUAGAUGAUGUGCCACCAGCUUUGCCAGUUGACAUGAAAGAUGCUCUGAGGAGUCCAGACAAAACUGCCAAGGAGCAUUCAGCUGGCCAGCCAAAAUCACCACUGAGGCUCAUUGCCAAUGCAAUCAGGAGGUCCAUUUUGGAACCUCUAACUUCAUCUCCAGAAGGACUAAAGCAGGAUUCGGACAGCAAAACCAAAGCCUCUUCAGAACAAGCUUCUUUCAGCUUCCCUAGUAUUCUUGGCCAUAAGAACACUAACAACAACAGAGCAAGUAACAGUCAGCUACAGGAGCUUCAAGUAAGGAAGCAGGCAGGAGAACAUUUAGGAUGUGGGAGCCUUCUCUCAAGUGCUUCUAAGUUUUCUGCCAGCUCUGAAGAGAGAUCUCCAAGUGACACUAAGGAUGUGUCCUUCCCAGUCUACAGUCCUCACAGCAGGCCUUCCAAGACCCCUAAUAUACCUCAGAAACCUACUUGCACUAGGAUGGAGGAUGUCCCAGGACUCCUAGAAAAGUUUACUUUUAAUGAAACUCCCUCAGUGGCUCCCAAGGAUGAUGUAUUAAUCUGUAAUGAAAAGUACCCUCUUGCUUCAUCUCAGGAACCCUGGAACACCCCUAAGGACAGCCUGCAUGACUCUGCACAGAAGGGUAGUCUUUCACUCUUUGAGAGACUAAGAAGUAAGAUUUGUGAAAGAGAAGGGAAUUUCUCCGUGUCAUCUCUGCCUUUCAUGAAUGACCAUUCUGCAGAAGACAGGCUACAUUAUCCUUCCACAGGAUGUGAACUUCCACCUGUCAGGAAACAGACUGUGGAGUAUUUUACUUCUUCCUCUGAUGAAGAUGAAUUUGAAUUCAACCGUUCAUUAACAUAUAAGGCUAAAAGAUCUCUUAGAAGGAGAAGAAAACUGGAGAAGGAGACAAAACAAUUGAUUAAACAAGAGGAGCUGAAGAGACUUCAUAAAGCACAGGCAAUCCAGCGCCAACUAGAAGAACUGGAGGAAAGACAGAGAGCACUGGAGGUUUUUGGUGUUCAGUUGGAGAGAGAACUCAGAGGAGAAUCCGUUUCAGGCACACAGGAUGAAACUCAGUUGCUUCAUGAAUGGUUUGAACUGGUCCUGGAGAAGAAUAAAUUAAUGCGUUACGAGUCUGAGCUCUUGAUUGUAGCCCAAGAAUUAGAAUUGGAGGACCAUCAAAGCAGAUUGGAACAAAAACUGAGAGAGAAGAUGGCCAUUGAUGAUAGCCUUAAAAAUGAGAUGGAUCUAAAUGAGGAAGAUGAAAUUUUUAUUGAGAUGAUGAAAGUGGUUGAAGAAAGGGACAAACUCGUGUCUGCCUUAGAGGAGCAGAGAGUGAAAGAACAAGCUGAAGACCAGUGCUUUGAAAGCAUUCUAUUAUCAAGGGGCUGUCAGCUGAGUGGGAUUUGAACUGCCAUGUGCAAACAAAUGUAAUUCCAGCAAUAUUUGUAAUCAUGGAGGUACUGUCUUCUGAAAUUUAAGGUAAUUCACAUUUGAAGUCAGUUUAUUUGAAUAAGGUCAUCCUGUUAUCAGGAGCUUUUAAACAACUUCUGUGCUCACACUGAUGUGAAUCACUUCACUGUCAGCAUCAAGAAUCACAAGAAUAAAGAUGGAAUGGAUUUACCUGAGAGACGCCGCAGCCUGUGAAAGGGAAAUUGGCACUCCAGUGUUUCCUUGGAAUGUUAUUUUACUGCUGAAAAUAGAGUUAUUAAGAAAAAGGAUGAUAUCAUAUAGUAUUUUUGAGAUGGCAUUAUUUUCUGUCUGCUCGUCUGACUCUUUAUGUGGUUUUGCUUAUAUUUUGGCACAGUGAAGCCAUGAUGAACUAUUUAAAGGUCAAAAGCAAGCAUCUCUUAUAGAAAUAAGGUUAGUUCUUUUUUUUUUCUGGUAGAAAAGUCUUUUGACUGAUAACUAUGCGUAAGCACUCAUUAAAACCAUUGUAAAUACAAGGUCAGAUAUGAAUUUCCUAGGUAUUCCUAUGUUUUAGAGCACCGUGUGUUUUUGAACAAGCUGUUAAAUAUCUCCACGUUUUGUAAAAUGGUAAGGGGCCAUCAAAUGGGUAUCUCCCCUAAGACUGUUAGGUACUCAGAAUAGCUUUUGUCUGUCACUGAUUAAGGUCUUCUCUAAAGCAUGCUGAAUGAUAAUUAUAAAAUACUUCUCCACCCCUGCUUCAAAGGAUUUAUCUCAAGAAGUAUCAUGAGGGUGUAGCAGCUGACAGAUCUCCCUUAAAGUAAUUCCUCAGAAGGGCUGCAAAAAUUAUUGAGUUUUGCAAUAGCAAUGUUUGAUAGAUAAUGUUGUGAUUACAUUUAAAUUACAUUUAUAUUGCUGCUCAAAAAAUGUAUAUGUAGAUCUUUUGCUUAAAGGAAGUGCCUGCUAUCUUUUUUUUUUUCUUUCUGUAGUCAUGGCAUAGCAGAUGUGCAGAAAUUCUUGUUGAUAUUCAGGAUAGCUUCACGUACUUUCUUAAGUCUGCAAUUUUGCAAUAUAAGAUUGGUAAGAUUUCAGACUUGUACAUAUGAUGCACUUAUUUUCAAACUGAAAAACCAAGGAGACCAAAAGGCUGUUUCUUCUUGAACAUCAUUUUACCUCACACUUUGACUGGGAAGAUUUUGAUGUUCUCAGUAUUUCAUGACUGGUGCUUACUUGCAAGAGUUGUCUUCUUACAGCCAAAGCUACAAGCAUUCUUGUUAUGAGACAAUUAAGCUAAAUAACCUCUUGGUAACUAGCUGUAGGGUAACAGAUACAGUGGAUCUUAGUACGAUAAUUUAUGAGUUAUCUUCAGUUUUUGCUGUAUUGUAAGAAAUCUAAAAUAUCCUUUUUAAAAUUAAAAAAAAAAAAAAUUCACUGUUGACUACAAAUACAUAGAAUACCUCUUUGCUGCAAGAACUACACUACUGUUAUGCAAUAUUUAUUUAUUUAUACUUAUUUAUUAGUCUCUGUAAGGAGGAUAAGAGUGUCAUGUUAUAUUUUACAGUUCAGACGUUGUCUCCAAUUUUCAUAAAUAAGUUUAUUUCUAACAGUUAUUUAUGCCUACAGGUCUGCAGGGUAAACUAGGUAGCUUUAUCAAUUUGGUAAUUAUUAGUAAUAAGGUAUAAAUUAAGAUUAAAA